CUGCUGCUACGUCUUCUCUCCACCUGUUCCCUUUCCUCCUCUUCUUCUUCUUUCCUCGUUUCCCCAAAACAUCUCUCUCUCAAAACUCUCUUCCACGGCUUGUUUUGUCUCUUCUUCUAUCUUUGACAAACCCUAGCAAAUUCAGUCAAAAUCAUACAGAUCAUCACGUAAAAGAAAACAGUGAGUUUUCAGAAGACUUGAAAAUACAGAUCUAACUCUUCUCAUGCAACAAUAUCAUUACUAGGUUUUCUCGACUUAAGUCUCUGCAGCUGCAUACUAGAAUGAUGAUGAGAUUUCAAAUUUUAAAUAUAAAGGUUUAGCUCUUUCCCAUUCUCUCCAGCAGAUCAACAGCUUAAACGUAAGAAGUGAGAGAAAGGAAAAGAAGUGGGAUUCUCCGAGAUCUUUGUUGGCGUUACUUUUUUUGGAGUUUCCUUUUAUUUCCACUGACAAUCAUCGUCAUCAACUUUUUAGUUUACUCCGAAGUUAUUUUCAUCUCAAAAAGAAAAAUCAUCUAGAGUAUUAGGAUCUUACUGCUGAAACCUAUCUGGAAAAAUCGAAGAAGCCCCUGAGAAUCCAAUGAUAAUACUCUUGCCACUACCACUAAUACUAAAGCCACGAAACAUUUAACGUAGAUUAGUGAGGGUUUUAGUUUUAGUUUGAAGCGGUUUGAUACACACAUGGUGUUGUUGUUGUAAAUAUGCCAGCCGGGAUAAUGCUUCCGGCAAGACACGUGCCUCCGAUGAUGGGUAAUGGUAAUAGAAAUGGAAACGUACCAGAAUUUGGGUCCUCUUCUUCGGGCCUUACGCUUGGACAGCAGACAAACAUGAUGGAUGGUCAUCAUCUUCUUCUUCAUCAUCAACACAGUCUUCUUAAUAAUCCUCUGGAUAUGAUGAAUCAAACUACACCAGAAAGUAGUGAUUUGCAGGCUGCUAGGAUCAGAGCUGGAGAUGAAGAGUUCGAUAGCAAAUCUGGAGGUAGUGAUAAUCUUGAGGGUACUGGUGGUGGUUCUGGAGAUGAACAACUUGAUCAAAACCAACGAAAGCGAAAGAAACGUUACCAUCGGCAUACUCAACAUCAAAUCCAAGAGAUGGAGUCAUUCUUCAAAGAGUGUCCUCAUCCAGAUGAUAAGCAAAGGAAGGAGUUAGGUCGUGAAUUAGGGUUAGAGCCUCUUCAAGUCAAGUUUUGGUUUCAAAACAAGCGCACUCAAAUGAAGAAUCAGCAUGAGCGCCAUGAGAAUAAUCAACUGAGAGCCGAAAAUGAUAAGCUUCGAGCAGAGAACAUUAGAUAUAAAGAGGCUCUAAGUACUGCAUCAUGUCCUAACUGUGGAGGCCCUACUGCUCUAGGAGAGAUGUCAUUCGACGAGCAUCACCUGAGGAUGGAGAACGUUCGACUCAGAGAAGAGAUUGAUAAGAUAUCCGGAAUAGCUGCAAAAUAUGUUGGAAAACCUAUGAUGCCAUAUCCUAUCAGUUCUCCACUGCUUCCACCUCGUAUGCUUGACCUUGGAGUUGGACAUUUGGGCAUUCACUCACAGUCCGGAAGUGCAGGAGGGGAGAUUUUUGGUUCAUCUGAUGAUCUCAUCAGGUCUCUAGCAUCGGGACAUAAUGAUUUGGAUAAGUCGGUCGUCGUAGAGCUAGCAGUUGCAGCUAUGGAGGAACUGGUUCAACUUUCUCAGCUUGGUGAACCUAUUUGGGUUCAACGCGUCAAUGGUGAAUUUACUGAGACUUUAAACGAAGAGGAAUAUGUCAGGACAUUUCCUAGGGGUAUUGGCAGUAAACCCUUUGGAUUCAAAACCGAAGCUUCUCGAGAUAGUGCUCUUGUGAUUAUGAACUGCAUGAGCCUUGUUGAGUCACUAAUGGAUGCGAAUCAAUGGAUGAAUUUGUUUUCGGGCAUCGUCUCAAGAGCUGUGAUCAUUGAAAUCCUGUCAACUGGAGUUGCUGGGAAUUCCAACGGAGCCCUUCAACUGAUGACUGGUGAAUUUCAAGUUGCAUCACCUCUAGUCCCAACACGGGAAAGUUUGUUUGUAAGAUACUGUAAGCAGCAAGGUGAAUCAACCUGGGCUGUAGUUGAUGUUUCAUUGGAUCAUUUGCGGUCUAAUAACCCAAUUAGAUUCCGAAGGAGGCCCUCAGGAUGUAUAAUCCAAGAUAUGCCAAAUGGUUACUCCAAGGUUACAUGGGUGGAACAUGUAGAAGUUGACGAUAGAGCUGUGCAUGAGUUGUACAAACCACUUGUCAAUUCCACAAUUGCAUUUGGUGCCAAACGCUGGCUGGCAGUUCUGGAUCGGCAAUGUGAACGACUUGCCAGCGCAAUGGCAAGUAACAUUCCUGCUGGUGAAAUUGGGGUUAUAACAACCCCAGAUGGAAGAAAAAUGAUGCUUAAACUGGCUGAGCGAAUGGCUACGAGUUUCUGUGCUGGUGUUGGUGCAUCUAGUUCUCACACAUGGACUAUCAUAUCAGGAAAUGGCGCAGAUGAUGUAAGAGUCAUGACGCGAAAGAGUGUUGAUGAUCCAGGCAGGCCUCCUGGCAUUGUUUUGAAUGCUGCAACUUCAUUCUGGAUUCCAGUUCCACCAAAAAGAAUUUUUGACUUCCUUAGGCAUGAAAAUUCUCGAAGUGAGUGGGAUAUCCUUUCUAAUGGUGGAAUCGUUGAAGAAAUUGCUCACAUUGCAAAUGGCCGUGAUCCUGGCAACUGUGUCUCUCUUCUGCGUGUAAAUCAGAGCACAAACUCAAGCCAGAGCAACAUGCUAAUAUUACAAGAAAGUUGCACAGAAGCAACUGGAUCUUUCGUAAUAUAUGCACCAGUGGAUAUUCAGUCCAUGAAUGAUGUUAUCAAUGGUGGAAACCCAGACAAUGUAGCUCUUCUCCCUUCAGGAUUCGCCAUACUUCCUGAUGGCCCCAUAACCCAUCAUGGAGAUGGGCAAGUGGAGCAUGGACAGGGUGGAUCUCUUUUGACUGUUGCAUUCCAAAUCUUGGUUGAUUCCGUACCAACUGCAAAACUCGCUCUCGGUUCUGUUGCAACUGUUAACAGCCUCAUAACUUGUACCGUUGAUCGUAUCAAGGCCGCAGUUACAGAUGAAAAUGCUUGAAAUGCAAGUUCAAUAGUGAAGGCACAAAAACCAGAAGUAAAAAAGAGGAACAACAGAGAGAAGCAAGCUCACAUAGAUAGAGAGUUUUUUUUGGGUUUUAAGAACAGAUUAAUGUUUUGUUUUGGAGGAAGUCAAGAGCGAACCUUGUACAAAUGAAGGUUCGGGUUUUGACUUUCUAUAUGAGAGUUCUAAAAUGUCUCCCCUAAAAUCUGGUUAUCACUUUGGUUUACUUUUCAUUCUGAGUAAAUUUGCCCGGAUGUUGCUUUUUGUGA